AGACUCUCCUCUCACACCACAGAGACACACGCAGCCGCUUCUGUUUCACUCGCAACGAUCCCGAUCGCGCUUGGAUUAUUAACUAUGACUCUGGAAGAGAUCCGCGGACAAGAGAACGCAAUGGAACACGUCGACAGGGUGCAAAGUGCAGGCGCAGCCCUGGAGGAGCUGCUGGUGGCCGCUAAGAAGCAGGAGUACCUGACAGUUGGAGUUUAUGAAUCUGCGAAAGUCAUGAAUGUUGACCCAGACAGCGUGGCGUUCUGCGUCCUCGCCACGGACGAGGAGUACGAGUGCGACAUCGCCCUCCAGAUCCACUUCACCCUCAUCCAGGCGUUCUGCUUCGACAACGACAUCAACGUGGUGCGCGUCAACGACAUCGAGCGCCUGGCUGACCUCGUGAGCGCCGGCGAGACCGGCGAGCCCAAGGACGCGCAUUGCAUCCUCGUCACGAGUCCCAGUGCAAACCCGUGGAAAGACCCCGCUCUGGACAAGCUGAGUCUGUUCUGUGAGGAGAGCCGCAGUGUGUACGACUGGGUGCCCACCAUCACGCUCCCAGAGCGCUGAAGUGAACCCUCCACCGACAACUCUUCACGUGAUGAUGAAGAAGACGAUGAAGAAGACGAUGAAAAGAAAGUCAAGGAGCUGAGCCUCGGUUGGGGUACGGGUUGAGGCGUUGAGCCUUUCUGCCUCGCGCGUCAGGAAUAAGAGGACGUGGCUGUGAAACCACCCCCCUACCCCCUCUCUCCCCACCCUGUGCAUUCUGGGUCGGCUCGUUGGUUCCGGGUUACCCUGAGGAAGGGUUCCAAAGUGCAGCGGUCAAGUGUGGACUGGGUCAGGUGACCGCGGAGUGGACUGAAAAGCCCCGACGGAUACCGGGAAGGAUUUUUGAAUUCACUGCGUCGUGCAUGAAUAGAUGACGAGCGGCGCCCUGUAAAGGAAACGAGGCGAUGGGGAACGGAGGCCACAGAGACUCUGCAAGAAAUGGACUUAUGAAAGUGCCGAGGAUGGACCGAAUCUCAUUUAGAGGGGGACGAUGAGGAUGCCGGUCCGGAAGAAGGCGUCUGAAAAUGUCUCAAUGGACUUUGACUUUUCUUUCCCAGCACAGCUAUCGGGGACUUCUUGGAAUAAAGCACAGACUUUACUUUGCUUGCAAAUCCCGAUCUGCGCUGUGUCCGAGCCUGUGACCGCUACUCACGGACAAUUAUUUAGACUUUCAAAUAUGCAACAUUGUUUGAAUUGUACUGAAUUUUUUGUUUUUUAAAUAAAACAAUUGAAAUGAAACUCA